GCAGAAAGUUGAAGGGGGAAGAAGGAAGAAAUGGGGCACUCGUAUAUCCCGAUGCAAACAUUUUGAGAUCACGCUCACAAAUCAUCACCAUUUCUCUCUCUCUCUCUCUCUCUCUCUCUCUCUCUCUCCAACCCUAAAAAGAUCAGCUGUCAGCUUUGUUUAUCCGUUUCUCCUUCAAGCUUUGUAUAGAGAAAUGGAUAAGGAGGUAAUGACCAAGGUGCUGUAUGUAGUUGUGGUGGAUGAUGUCAAGAAGAGCGAGGGAAUCGAUGAAUCUUUUAGGUACACGCGAGCUGUUCUUCAGAGUACUUUACAACUUAUGGGUUGUAAAGCUCGACAUGCUUUUAAGAUUAGCCAAAGGGUUUUUGAACUGAUGAAAAGUGAAUGUGUUGGAGAUGCUUCUGUGUCAGCUGGUCUACUGAUAUCAGAGUCAGAUGCUUUAAAGAUGUGUCCUCCGAGAGAAAACAGUUGUAGUACCAAUCAAUUCUCAGACAAAACAAGUAAAGGAAAUCAUUUGGUGUUAGAGGUUGAUAAUAAACGCAAGAGCCAACCUUUUGAAUCGUACAAAAAGCGCACUACAAUAGUUGUGAAAAGAAAAACUUUUCUAGAUGUUGUCUGUGAGGCUCUAGCGGAGUACAAGUAUUUGGGUCCCAACCAGAGGGCAGAUUUGGUUCUAGCUUGCAGAAUUCGGGAGAGGAAGGAAUCCAUAACUGUGUUAUUGUGCGGCACUAGUGGCUGUGGCAAAUCUACUUUGUCUGCUCUCUUGGGUAGUAGAUUGGGCAUUACCACUGUGAUAUCUACCGACUCAAUUCGCCAUAUGAUGAGGAGUUUUGUUGAUGAGAAAGAAAAUCCCUUGCUCUGGGCCUCUACUUAUCAUGCUGGAGAGCAUCUAGAUCAAGUGGCUGUUGCAGAAGCUAAGGCCAAAAAGAAAGAAAAGAAAUCAGCUUUACCUCUCUCACAUUCAAGUAAUGAUAUUGUAUAUGGUUCCAUGAGUGAAAAAGCACCUCCAAAAGGUCCUAGCACUACUGAAUUAAUCAGUUCCAAGCAGAUGGCUGUCGAAGGAUUUAAGGCACAAAGUGAGAUGGUCAUUGAUAGUCUUGAUAGAUUGAUCACUGGUUGGGAAGAGAGGAAAGAAUCAGUAGUUGUUGAGGGUGUUCACUUGAGCCUUAACUUUGUGAUGGGACUUAUGAAAAAACAUCCUUCAAUCAUACCGUUCAUGAUAUAUAUUACUAAUGAGGGAAAACACUUGGAACGGUUCGCAGUCCGUGCAAAGUACAUGACACUUGAUCCUGAAAAGAAUAAGUACGUAAAAUAUAUUCGAAACAUCAGAACAAUCCAAGAAUAUCUCUGCAAAAGGGCUGACAAGCAUCUAGUACCAAAGAUAAAUAAUACCAAUGUUGACAAAAGUGUGGCAGCCAUCCAUGCAACUGUUUUCAGCUGCUUACGAAGGCGUGAAACAGGCGAGCAGCUUUAUGACGCCACCACAAACACUGUCACCGUUAUUGAUGAAGAGUACAGAAAUCAGUGCGUUGCAAAUUCUGUUAGUUCCAAGGGAAUGUUCCAACUAAUUCAAAGGCAAGGUUCCAAUCGACAUAUGAUGGCUCUUCUAAACACUGAUGGUUCUGUUGCGAAAGCUUGGCCUGUUGAAUCAGUAGAUGGUAACGGGAUGCCAAUCACGGGUCAUUCAGCUGAGAAUGGAGCUGGGAAUCCUAUGUAUGGACCACUGCAGAUUGGUAAGGCAGAACCUAUAAAUCUGCAGUUUGGUCAUUUCGGAAUCAGUGCCUGGCCAAGUGAUAUUGGUGGUACAAGUUAUGCCAGCAGCAUUGAUGAGUCAAGGGGUGAGGGAACUGAAAAUGGGAGUAAAUAUUACUCCUCAUGCUGUAGCUCACCAAGGUUCUCUGAUGGACCUACCAAGGAGCUGAUGGAAGAACAAUCGGUGCAUGGUAGCGAUGAAGAGAUUGAUGACCCACCUGACGUGGAUAGUGAUGAGGAUCUUACAGACGAGGAACAUAAAGAGAAUCAGGAUGAGAUUGAAGGAUCAGUGGAUGAGGAAUCUACAAAAUCGGAUGAGGAGUAUGACGAUCUUGCUUUGCAGGAUAUCGACGGAAACACCUAUUGGUCUGGCAAUGAUGAAUCACAUGAAAAUACCUCUGCGCUUUCCUUGGCCAACCAGCCAGGCCGUGGGCAUAGUAACAUCCGUAGAGAUAGAUACAUUAAAAAUCUUGAUACUUUCUUGAGAACAAAGAGUGAUACAAUGUCUGUGUCAUCACGGAAGAAUGUAGCAGCAAUUGGAAAUGUCAAAUCCAAAAGACGAACUCGUAGUAUCUCCUCAACCGAUAAGGAUGGGGGGAGUAUUUCAGAAUGGUCUGCGUCCUACAGCAAUGCCAUUUAACAGUAAGCCGAAGCAGCUUUAGUGUUUUGCAAUCUGUACGAAAUUUAAAAUUUUCAUCCUUAUGCAACUUUUUUCUGACAAACUUCCUAGUUAGUUUUCCUGUUCAGCUGCCAUUACCAAAUUUCGAAACACUUAUAAGUGGUUUUAAACAAAUAGUGUUUAGUUUUACUUUUAAAAAGAAAAAACGACCUGCAGAUGCAAAAUCGAUUUACUUAAUAGCAUUACCUAUCUAUUAGGUAUA